GAGGCUACUGUAAAGUAGUCGCUGCAUGAGGCUCCAGUCGUUACGUGAUCUCGUUUAAGAAUGCAAUUUUUCUGUCGUCCAUCAGUUUCUAAAUGCUACCGAGAUUUUCGGUUAGUCACUGGUAUGGUUUCUAGCAAACUCACACACGGCAAUGCAACAUCACCACUUGAACAACUUGCAAAACUGCAAGAACUAGCUGAUCGUUGGCCAUCUGAUACAUGUAAUCGAAAAGUACAUUUCAAAGAUGAAAUCAAACGUCGCAUUACUGAAUGCUUAUCAAAGCCGACACAAGAGUUGGAUGCUAACUUUUGGGAAGCAGAAUAUCAAAGUUUAUCUCGUCUUCUUAAAAAUCAUCAUCAGAACAAUUAUACUCUACCGUCUGGACUUGGCGGUAGCCGUAAUGAACCAGCUGUAGCAGCGACUGGAGCUGAUCUAAAGGAAUGUAGACGGAUUUUAAGUGAAAGUGAAACAGUCAGGAAUUCUUUGUUAACACGUAUCAUUAGUAAAUUUAUUUUUUAAUUUCUUUUGUAUAUUGAAUCGAAUGACUUUUACCUUAAAAAGAUUUCUAAAUAGAAAUAAAAAAUUAAAAUAUUUUAGAUUCAA